AUGAGUUUGCCGUUGACCAAGGAGACGAUAAAUCUUAGUGAGCUAGAAAAAUCACCUUCGACAGUCCCAACGUUUGCUUCGUUUGAUGUUGAUACGCGUAAUAGGUACACUUUACAUCCAAGCUCGAAACAUAUGCUAAAGAGGUUAUAUGGAGCUUUAUUUAUUGAGGCGGCUAUAUCAUUGACCUUAUACUAUCACUAUUUGGAAAUCAGUGCGAUUAAUCCUAUGCUAGCACCAACAUUAUUGGGAUGCUUUUCUGGAGCAUUGGCACAAUCAAUAAAUCAGCUUUUCAAAAAGAAAUUCACAUUGAAUAAAAUCUUUAAAUUUAUGCUAUGGGGCAGUAUAAAUGGUUAUUUUACAGUUGCAUGGAUCAACAUCUUGAUUGUUAACGUAGACAAGUUGGUUUAUAGGAUACUAAUUGACCAAGUUGUAGGAGCACCUAUUUUUCAGUUAAUUUUCAAUAUCUUGAAUACAUUAUGGGAUCAAGGAGAGUUGUUUUCAAAAACUACAAAAAAUGCAUACUUCAAAUCACUAAAAUACAGCUAUUGUUAUUGGCCAUUUUUCAGUAUAUUACUGUUUAUGCUCAUUCCAGAGGCGGCCAUGUUUCCAUGCAAUUGUCUAGCCAACUUGGUGUGGAAUUUGAUUUUGAGCAAACUAGCAUAG